AUGGCCAAGCUCAGUAUCAGAAUUAUUAGCAGCAAAAAGAAGGGUGAAGGUGGAAUUGUGAAGCUCAAGUUUGUGGUGGAGAAGCUCCAAAAGAGGCUCUUACUGGGAAGAAAAAAUAAAAGUGAUUCAAGCAAUGUGCCAGAGGAUGUGAAGCAAGGACAUUUUGCUGUUAUCGCUGAGAGUGGGGAGGAACCAAAGAGAUUCGUGAUGCCAUUAAGCUGUUUAAGCAACCCAACAUUUUUGAAGCUAUUAGAGGAAGCAGAACAAGAGUAUGGCUUUGAUCAUGCAUAUGAUGGCGCACUAACCAUUCCUUGCACCCCUAUUGAGCUUGAGAGGAUACUCGCCCACCAAUGUCUUCAAAGAGCACAUUUUUAG